GACUGGGAGACAACAGAGCCAUUUUGGCCGCUUCGAUUUGGGGUGGGAGGAAAAGAAAAGAAAAGAAAAAAGCCGCCGACCACCUUCCAUCUUUGCUCCUCUCUGACAAGGCGACGCAGGGCGGAGGGGUGGGCAGUUAGGUGGGUAACAAGGCAGAAAUUCAGCGAUAACCUCCUCAGCUCGAGAGAGGAGAGGCUGCUAACGCGGGUAGGACCAGACCGGGAGGAGACCAGCGGAGGUGGAGGUGUCCACUGGGUUCGGAUAUUACAUUACAAGCACGACAAACACGGUCCAUACGAGACGUCAUUGGCAGCACCGAGCAACCUACAGGCCCCAUACCUGGGCACUAAGGAAGUCAUCCAGAGGUGCUAAGAAGACAGCACCAUGGCAGGGGCCUCUGUGAAGGUGGCGGUGCGGGUCCGCCCCUUCAAUUCAAGAGAGAUUGGAAAAGAAAGCAAAUGCAUCAUCCAGAUGUCCGGAAACACGACCACCAUCAUCAACCCCAAGCAGGCCAAAGACAACAAGAGCUUCAACUUUGAUUACUCCUACUGGUCGCACACCACGCCCGAGGACGUCAACUAUGCCUCUCAGAUGCGAGUGUACAAGGACAUUGGAGAGGAAAUGUUGCUUCACGCCUUUGAAGGCUACAACGUCUGCAUCUUUGCGUACGGUCAGACAGGUGCUGGCAAGUCGUACACGAUGAUGGGGAAACAGGAUGUCAAGGAUCAACAGGGCAUCAUUCCACUGUUGUGUGAAGAUCUUUUCACCAAGAUCAACGACAAUACAGACAACAGCAUGUCUUACUCUGUGGAGGUCAGCUACAUGGAGAUCUACUGUGAACGUGUGCGGGACUUGCUGAACCCCAAAAACAAAGGGAACCUGCGAGUGCGAGAGCAUCCUCUGAUGGGGCCUUAUGUGGAGGAUCUGUCCAAGCUGGCUGUCACCUCUUACAAUGACAUCCAGGACUUGAUGGACUCUGGAAACAAGGCCAGGACUGUGGCUGCCACCAACAUGAAUGAGACCAGCAGCCGCUCACACGCUGUCUUCAACAUCAUAUUCACCCAAAAACGUCACGAUGCGGAGACUGACAACACCUCUGAAAAGGUCAGCAAAAUCAGUUUGGUGGAUUUGGCUGGCAGCGAGAGGGCAGAUUCUACUGGAGCCAAAGGGACCAGGCUUAAGGAAGGAGCAAAUAUCAACAAAUCUCUAACCACUCUGGGAAAAGUUAUCUCAGCUUUGGCAGAAGUGGAUUCUGGGGCAAACAAGAAUAAAAAGAAGAAGAAAGUGGAAAGCUUCAUCCCGUACAGAGACUCGGUGUUAACCUGGCUACUGAGAGAAAACUUGGGGGGGAAUUCUCGGACUGCAAUGGUCGCUGCGCUGAGUCCAGCAGACAUCAACUACGACGAGACCCUCAGCACGCUCAGGUACGCUGACCGAGCCAAACAGAUUCGUUGUAAUGCCGUCAUCAACGAGGAUCCCAACAACCGACUGGUGCGCGAGCUGAAGGAAGAAGUGUCUCGCCUUAAAGAUCUCCUCUUUUCCCAGGGUCUGGGUGACAUCAUUGAGACAUAUCGAGCGUCUGGUGCUGAUAUAGAGGGUUUGAAAUUGACCAAUGCCAUGACAGGGAUGAGCCCCUCUCCGUCCCUCUCAGCACUGUCCAGCCGAGCCGGAUCCAUUGCCAGUCUACAUGACCGCAUCAUGUUCAGCCCCGGCAGCGAGGAGGCCAUCGAGAGGCUGAAGGAAACAGAGAAAAUUAUUGCUGAACUCAAUGAGACUUGGGAGGAGAAACUUCGCAAAACAGAGGCCAUUCGAAUGGAAAGAGAGGCUCUGCUGGCAGAAAUGGGUGUGGCAAUGCGGGAAGAUGGUGGCACUGUUGGCGUGUUCUCUCCGAAAAAGACACCUCAUUUAGUGAACCUUAAUGAAGAUCCGCUGAUGUCUGAGUGCCUGCUGUACUACAUUAAAGAUGGAAUCACCAGGGUUGGUCGUUUAGAUGCCAGCAGUCGUCAGGAUAUAGUCCUCAGUGGACACUUCAUCAAGGAUGAGCACUGCACUUUCACCAGUUCUACUGGUCCAAUGGGAGAAACAGUUAUCCUAGAACCCUGUGACGGAGCUGAGACUUAUGUCAAUGGAAAGAGGGUGACUGAACCAACUAUUCUGAAGUCAGGAAAUCGCAUCAUCCUGGGGAAAAGCCACGUAUUCCGGUUCAAUCAUCCCGAGCAGGCCAGGGCUGAAAGGGAGAGGACCCCCUGUGCUGAAACUCCUGCUGAGCCAGUCGACUGGGCUUUUGCUCAGAGAGAGCUGCUGGACAAACAAGGCAUUGAUAUGAAACAAGAGAUGGAGCAGAGGCUUCAGGAGUUGGAGGAUCAGUAUCGCAAAGAAAGAGAAGAGGCCAACAACCUCCUGGAGAAACAGAGACUGGAUUAUGAGAGCAAGCUGGAAGCUCUGCAGAAGCAAGUGGACCGUUGUUACCCGGAAGCCCCGGAGGAAGAGGAGGAACCAGAAGAAGAAGUUCAGUGGACAGAGCGAGAAAGAGAAAUGGCUGUGUGGAGCUUCCGUAAGUGGAGGUGUUACCAGUUCACCUCUCUACGAGACCUUUUAUGGGGAAAUGCUAUUUUUCUCAAGGAAGCAAACGCCAUCAGUGUUGAACUCAAAAAGAAGGUCCAGUUUCAGUUUGUGUUGCUGACAGACACCCUCUACUCCCCCUUGCCUCCUGAUCUGUUGCCCUCAGAGGCAACUAUAGACAAAGAAAAGCGACAUUUUCCUCGCACAAUUGUGGCUGUAGAGGUGCAAGAUCAGAAGAAUGGGGCCACUCACUACUGGACAUUAGAAAAACUAAGGCAGAGGCUUGAUCUCAUGCGAGAGAUGUACGACCGUGCAGCCGAUGUGCCCAACAAUACCAGUGAGGAAUGUGAAAAUGUGAUGACAGGAGGCGACCCUUUUUAUGACCGCUUCCCCUGGUUCCGCCUGGUCGGCAGAAACCCUUUAUUCAACACAUGCAUGAGCGAGCGCAUGAGUGACCCCACCCCGUCCCCGACCCUUUCCAACUCUGAAAUUACUGAGCUGGCUGACUCGCAGAGGGAGGGUCGAGGGGCGGAGGAGGAGUUGGAGGAGUUGGAGGACCUGGAUGAUGAUAUCUUUUUGGACGACCCGUGCUCCGAGCUCGGGGGAGAGGAUGAUGAUGAUGAUGAUGAUGAUGAUGAUGAUGAUGAUGAUGAUGAGGGAGAGCUCUGCCGAGGCUCCAGCGAAGGCCAGGAUCCCUUUUACGACCGCUCUCCAUUAUUCAGUGUAGUGGGAAGGGCUUUUGUUUAUCUGAGCAAUCUGCUGUACCCGGUCCCACUGGUGCACAGAGUGGCCAUCGUCAGCGAGAAGGGAGAGGUGAAGGGCUUCCUUCGAGUAGCGGUACAGGCCAUAUCAGCGGACGAGGAAGCUCCUGACUACGGCUCGGGAGUACGGCAGUCAGGGACAGCCAAAAUCUCAUUUGAGGAUCAGCAGUAUGAAAAGUUCCAGUCUGAGUCCUGCUCUGUUGGACUGUCGCGCACUGGGAUUUCCCAGGAGGAGCUUCGGAUUGUGGAGGGCGAGGGGCAAAAUGCAGAAAUGGGGCCAUCAGCUGAUGAGGUCAACAACAACACAUGUGCGGCUGGUUCAGACGAGCUGGAGAAUCCGCUGAAGGCUGGUCUGGAUGGAGCGUUGGAUGCAACCCUGGAUCACCUGAGGAUUGGUGACCUUUUCACCUUUAGGGUGACGGUCCUGCAGGCCUCCAGCAUCUCUGCGGAAUAUGCCGAUAUCUUCUGCCAGUUCAACUUCAUCCACCGCCAUGAUGAGGCCUUUUCUACUGAACCUUUAAAAAACACAGGCCUCGGCCCUCCUCUUGGCUUCUACCACGUGCAGAAUAUUGCUGUUGAAGUCACUAAGUCCUUUGUGGACUACAUCAAGACCCAACCAAUUGUGUUUGAGGUGUUUGGACAUUACCAGAAACAGCCUUUUCUCCCUCUUUGUAAAGACGUAAUGAGUCCACUUCGUCCUUGCAGAAGACAGUUUCCACGAGUGAUGCCUCUCUCCAAACCAGUUCCUGCCACCAAGCUGACGGCGGUGACCCGUCCACAGGCGGGACCCUGCCACCGUAAAUAUGAUCUCAUGGUGUUCUUUGAAAUCUGCGAGCUUGAGGCCACUGGAGACUACAUCCCUGCAGCUGUGGACCAUAGAGGAGGAAUGCCCUGCCACGGCACAUUCUUACUACACCAGGGCCUUCAGAGAAGAGUCACUGUUACCAUUGUACAUGAAUCUGGAGGUGACCUGGCAUGGAAGGACAUUCGUGAACUUGUUGUGGGGCGUCUUCGUAACACCCCCGAAGCUGACGAGACCAUCAUCGACCCCAAUAUUCUGUCUCUUAACAUCUUGUCUGCUGGCUAUGUCAGGCCCUUGCAGGAUGACAGACAGUUUCUUGAUUCGGACAUGCCUAGCAUUUCCCUGGGAGUUGACCAUAGGACUUUCUACCGCUUUGAGGCUGCUUGGGAUAGCUCCAUGCACAAUUCCCUGCUACUAAACCGAGUCACUCCAUACGGGGAGAAGAUCUACAUGACCCUCUCAGCCUACUUGGAGAUAGAGAACUGCACGCAGCCUGCAAUCAUAACCAAAGAUAUCUGCAUGGUGUUCUACUCCCGUGACACAAAGCUCUCAGCUUCUCGUUCGAUCCGCAACCUUUUCGGCACAGGAAGCCUGAGAGCAGCAGAUGGGAACCGUAUAACUGGUGUUUAUGAGGUCAGCUUAUGUCACCUGGCUGAUGCAGGGAGCCCAGGAAUGCAGAGGAGACGCAGGCGGGUGCUGGACACCUCUGUGGCCUACGUCCGUGGGGAGGAGAACCUGGCUGGGUGGAGGCCGCGCAGUGACAGCCUCAUUAUGGACCACCAGUGGGAACUGGAGAAACUCAGUCUGCUUCAAGAUGUGGAGAAGACCAAACAUUACCUCCUGCUGAGGGAGAAACUGGAGUCCACCCUGCUGAUGGGCCAGGAGUCCCUUCAGCCAUGUGUCACCAAGGAGCUGAGCGAGUCUCUUCAACACACCGAGGUGGAUCAAGAGGCCAGCUCCAGCUCUGAAAUCACCACUGAGAGGCAGAGGGAGCUCGCUGCCAGGUGUUUGCGGCUGCUCACUCACUCCUUUAACAGAGAGUACAGUCAUGUGUGUGUCAGCGCCAGUGAAAGCAAGAUCUCUGAGAUGUCUGUCACAAUCCUCAGAGACUCCCCCUCCAUUUCUGCUCUCAACACAAUCACACCCUCCUCGACAUGCCCUUCACUGGUGGAGGGUUGCUAUAGCCAUGCUGAACUAAGACCACCAACGCCUCGAUCUCGUGUUGUCAGCCCUUGCCCUGACACACAGCAAGAUGCAGAGGCCAAGAAAUCCACCAAUGGAGAGACCAAGCCUCAGACCCGCAAAUUUGUCCCUGACAUCCAGGAGAUCAGAGUCAGCCCCAUCGUGUCAAAGAAGGGCUACAUUCAUUUCCUGGAGCCGCACACAAACGGCUGGGUGAAACGUUAUGUCGUUGUUCGUCGGCCAUAUGUCUACAUCUACAACUCAGAAAGAGACACCGUGGAGCGAGCUAUUCUCAACCUCUCUUCUGCCCAGGUGGAGUACAGCGAGGAUCAGCAAGCAAUGCUGAAGACUCCAAACACAUUUGCUGUGUGUACAGAGCAUCGUGGAAUAUUGCUUCAAGCCACUAAUGACAAAGAGAUGCACGACUGGCUUUAUGCAUUUAAUCCUCUCCUUGCUGGGACGAUCAGGUCAAAGCUGUCGAGAAGAAGAGCCGGACAGAUGAGGAUGUGAGAGAAAAUGAAUGCAAAGACUAAGAUGUACUUACUGACCCCCCCCUCUUUGUGCUGAGCCUCGUCCCCACCAUCACUGUCACCAACAGCUACCGUAUCCUCCCUCUGCACUGUCUCAGUUCAUCAUUCGUGUCCUCAGCAUCUAGAAAGCGCCCGUUUCGUGUCAGGCCUUCGCAGCCGUGUGAACCUUUUCUGUGUGAAGAAAACUACUCGAAAAUCUGUCACUGUACUGUACUGGAGUUAAUUCUUAGCUGGAAGAUCAGAAGAAAACGGAGGGAGUAGCAAAGGUUCCUUAUCUCAGAUUACAUUUGUACAAUAAUGUACUGUAGUUGUUGUCAGUAACACAUCAAGCCUUAUACAUUUAUUUCUUAAAAAUGCAGUGGUGUAUAUCUUUUAACUAAAGCUGCCAUAUAAGUGAGGAUCACAGUGCUACAUCAGUAAAUAGAAAAAAAUAUCCAGAUUCUUCUCUGCUUCUCUCUACAGCUACACUGGUUUCUAACAUACAGCAAGAAAGUACAUACUGCAAAAAAAUAGGAAAAAGUUAGCAAAAUGUCUCUUUAAAGCAUCUUUCUUCUCUCUGAUCCAUUAAUCCUGAGGCGAGAUAACCCGCCUUCUGUGCUGUAAGCCACAUAGAAACUUUAGCACACACUUUAGCCUGGCAAAGGAACGGCACAUCCUCAUGAACGUCAUCAUUUUAGCCACUUAUAGGACGACCGAGAGCAUCAUUUACAUGACAAGCAAUCAAACAGCAUUAAUGUUCCCAAAUUAAUCUCAUUCUCUACCUGAAUUUCAUUUGUUUUAAAAUGUGAUAUAUUUAGAUUUUUAACAGCUUUAUUUAUUUCUGCAUAUAUUUAUUUACAAAGACAUUUAUAUUUCUAAAGUGGUAGUAAAGUGCAAUGUCUGCACACGGCACUUUUUAAUGAGUUCCUUAAGUGUUUGAAUAAUACGACCUUGUUCCCAUGUUGUCACCCUUUUUGAAAUGAUUCGAUGAUAACUUGAUGACAAACAUUGGCCAUUUUUUUUUAUUUUUGUGCUGAACGUUACUUGAAUCAUACUUAUUCAGAAAUUAGGAUAGUGAAGCUUUGAUCCAGCUAACAUAGAUCUUAAAAUGAUCUAAAGAAUAUUAGAGUUGUUACAUUAGACAGAAAAGCUCUUGUUCACCGCACACAGUAUGAAACUGGCUCUCUGAAUGAUAAAUGUAGUGCCUCUCUUUUCAAACAUACUGCACAGUAUGCCUCUGCACCAACUACAUCCGCCAUGCUGCUAAAAUACUGUUUCUGGAAGUGUCUGCAGACCAUUUCAUCACUUUCCUCCUCAUCAUCACUUACAUGUUCUGACAAAAAGUUAAUAUUUAUCAUAUGGCAAUCCAUUUCCACAACACAGAGCGUUAGCAUAUUUCAGGCUCUCUUUGUUAAAUAUCACUUUAAAUGAAAACAUUUAAUCCUGUAGUAAGUUUUCAGACUUAAAACUUGUUUUCUGCUCAAACUGACCAUUAAUCUGAAUCUGAACCUCUUGGUACAGCUUGUGAGGUGUGAAUCUGCUAGAUGAGCAUGCGUCAGGUCAGCCAGCCUAGACAGCAUGCUCAGUCUGUCUAAUGACACAAUACACUUCUGCAGAUUAACUUAUAAAACCAGGUGUUACCUGUCUGUGUGUGCUGCAGGUGUUUUCCGUACAGUAUUUGGCAUAUUAAAAAUAUUUUAUGUGUUGUGGAAAUACUGAAAUGAUCCAAUCAAAGGAUUUUGCAGCUCUGUGUGUGUGUGUGUGUGUGUGUGUACAGCUGUCAGUAACUGUGAUAAAUUAAAAAACAUUAAGUGUGUUAAACUUUGUGUGUGUGUGUGUGUGUGUGUGUGUAACAAUAGUGGGUCAAUGUUCUGAUCAAAGUCUACCACCAGACCUUCUUUUGUAUCUUAUCCAGCUAUCACAUCAUCAUCUGGGGGCAUUACAUUGUCUCAAACUGUUUAUUUGUGUCUCAUUUCCUUUAAAAUACAAGUAAAAGGGAAAAAACUAAAGUCCUUCUGGGACUGCUCCAGUGUGUCGAGAUCAUUCCUCUUGUUUCCUUUGGGCCUUUUAAUAUGCAUCAUAUUUGAGCCGACCAAAGUUUUGUUGGUGCACUCACAAAAAGUUCACUCUGAAUGUACAUUGAUAUAAGAAAAUAGCUAAUCUGCUUCAAUGAUUGUGUUAACUUGUCCGUUCUGGUUCCUUACUGAUUGUAGGAUAGUUGUUAUCAGGGAACCAUGUGGAGGUUGUAGGACAUGUCCAUGGCUGUGUGGGAGGAACAUGGCAUUGCAUCAUGUACAGAGUAACGCUCUAGAUGACUUUACUUUCACACUUUCACUCUUGUAUCAGUAUCUAUCCUCACCGUCAUACUCCAGCAGCCUUCACACAAAACCUACUUUUCCCUUUUUUUCCCUUGUGAUGUAAAAUCUAACAUUUUUGUGCUUCCACAUCAAACCUUUUUUAAUUUUGCUUCAAAACAUUUAGUUUCUUUCUUCUUUAAAAGAUUUUGCAUUGUAUAUAAACAUGAUUGCUGUGAAGACUGUAUUAUAAAGUUACACCCAUUUAUGAAAUCUUAAAUGGGCAGUAGUUCAGUCGGUGUCCGAGUGUUGGAGUUUAGCGUCAGAUGUUUGUGUACACUUAACACAUUGUCAUAUAUUAAAUAAACAUGGAAAUUAUACUACA